UGUGCAAGACCCUAACGACAGGAGACUACGACCUAUUUACGUGUGCAGAAAAAUGAAAUUAAAUGAACAUCAUCACUGAGUAAUUUGCCUAUAAUGAUGGAUAAAUUACCACAUGAAAAUCUACAUGACUGCAUGUAAUUACCUGGACAAUGGCAAUAACAAGAUGGCAAUCCAGCAGGCCGACAAACUGCUCAAGAAGCACAAAGAUCUUCACUGCGCAAAGGUCCUGAAGGCCAUCGGUCUGCAGCGCACGGGCAAACAGGAUGAAGCAUUCACCCUGGCCCAGGAGGUGGCUGUUCUCGAACCCACCGACGACAACUCCCUGCAGGCACUCACCAUCCUCUACAGAGAAAUGCAUCGCCCCGAGUUAGUGACCAAGCUAUAUGAAGCGGCCGUCAGGAAGGUUCCAACAAGUGAAGACUAUCACUCUCAUCUCUUCAUGGCGUACGCUCGGGUCGGAGAAUACAAGAAGAUGCAGCAGGCUGGAAUGGCGCUGUAUAAGAUUGUUCCUAAAAACCCGUAUUACUUCUGGGCGGUUAUGAGUUUAGUGAUGCAGGCCAUCUCGGCACACGAUGAGAAGCUUUCUCAAACCAUGUUCCUGCCCUUAGCCGAACGCAUGGUGGAGAAGAUGGUGAAAGAGGAGAAGAUAGAGGCAGAAGCUGAGGUCCAGCUGUACUUCAUGAUUCUGGAACGUUUGGGGAAGUAUGUGGAAGCGCUGGAGGUUGUGCAGGGACCGCUCGGAGAGAAGUUGACCAGUGAACUUCAGAGCCGUGAGAACAAAUGCAUGAUGCUGUACCGCCGUCUGGGUCGCUGGUCCGAGUGCAACGCGCUCUCCUGCAAACUGCUCCUGAAGACCCCUGAUGACUGGCAGUCCUACUUGAUGUAUUUUGAUUCCUUUUCCCACCUGAUGGAUGAGAGCUGGACGCCACCACAGGAAGGUCCUCAGUCUGCAGAGGGUGAAGUUCACUCCACCGUAGCCCAAGCCAUCAGCUUCAUAGAUGAGCGAGUGAACACGGAGGAGGCGAAGGAGUCGAAGCAUCAGAGAGGACCGUAUCUGGCGCGUCUGGAGCUCAUCAAACGUCUGCGAGAGCGGAACUGUCUUGAAGCACCGCAGCUAGGUGAACCUCUGGAGCUCAUGUUUCAGUUCUUCGUGAAGUUCGGAGAGAAGCCGUGCUGCAUCACAGACCUGAAGAUCUUUCUGGACCUUCUUGCACCUGACCAACGUGUGCAGUUCAUUAACAGGCUGAUGGAGGCCGUGCCGCUGGGCGCUCCUGGUGAGGACGGUGUAGCUCUGCCGGGGGACCCGCGUGCCCUCCAGAGACACCUGUGUGUGACCCAGCUCAGUCGAUGUUUGGGUUUACAACACACGGCCGACACGCAGAGUAAACUGAACAUCAUCAAGGAGCUGAAGGCUCAUUACCGUCACGGCUUACAGUUCGGGACGUCUUGUUUAAAAACGGAGCUCCAGUUCUUUGAUAUGUACUGCGUCAUGGCAGCACAUGUGUAUAUAGACCUGUGGAUGGAGACGGGAGAUCAGAACAUGCUCUGGCAGUGUCUAGGACUUUUAGAGGAAGGUCUCGCUCACAGCUCCACCAACGCUCAAUACAAACUGCUGCUGUUGCUUCUGUACUGUCAUCUGGGGGCUUUCGAGCCAGUGGUGGAUCUUUACUCCAGCCUGGACGCCAAACACAUCCAGCACGACACUAUUGGGUAUUUAUUGACCCGUUAUGCAGAGGCUUUGGGCCAGUUCGCUGCUGCCUCCCAGUCCUGUAACUUCUCCCUCAGGUUUUUCCACUCCAACCAGAAAGAUACCUCAGAAUACAUCAUUCAAGCAUAUAAGUAUGGUGCUUUCGAGAAAAUCCCCGAGUUCAUCGCCUUCAGGAACCGACUCAAUCACUCGCUGCACUUCGCUCAGGUGCGCACGGAGAGAAUGCUGCUGGACCUCUUCCUGGACGCAGACAUAACAUCUUCAUUAGAGGAGAGCGUUAGAUCAAUGUCUCUGUGUCCGGAGGAAGACGAUAUCCCGUGGGACAACUUAAGGGACAACCGUGACCUGACUGUUCACGUCAGCUGGAAUCCCAGUGACCGGGAUUUAAACGAGGAGCACCGGCAGCGUUCUGUUGAAGAGGAGACUCUGUGGCUAAAGUUACGUUCUCUCACUCUGCGUCUGAUCGGCUGCAUUUCUUCGCUGAAUCACCCGACAGCACCGCGUAACUCAGAGAAAACCACUGAGAACGGACUGUCAGCCAAACCGUCUUUUCUGAAGUCCCUGCUAUCCCAACUGGAGAACACGAUAAACCAGGCCUCCCAGUUCACAGAAAAACACGCACAGCAUCAGUACCCGUUCCUGGGUCCCGUUCCGUCUCGGUUGUCUCGGUUUGUGACCAGCGGCUGCUGUCAAUGUCAGCUGGCCUCUCUACAGCUGCCUCUGCACCUCCAGGAGCUGGAGACCAGUGGAUUGGAUGAUUCGACGGAGCUUCAAACGCAAAUAUCAAAUCUUUUCAAGUCUUUAGCAGUACAACUUCAAGACCUGUUAGAAAAGUGUAAAGGAGAUCUGUUUGAAGUCAAAGACGGUCACAGCAACACACAAGCCUCUUUACUGGAGAACUUAGUCUACUUUGUCGAAACCAUUUGUAUCACACUGUGGGUGUGCAAUUACUGCGGAAGUGUCCUCCGACCCCUAAAGUCAAGCUUACAGAAGAAGAAAAAGAAAAGAAAAGAGGCCAGCACUGCGACGCCGGUAGUUCUUACAGGCUUCCAGGAGUUCAACGGCGGUCUUAAGAGCCUCCUCACUCAGGCUCUGGAGCACAUUAAGAGUCAAGAGAGCGAUCUGACUGCGCUGAAGCUGGGAUCUCUCACUCUCGAGGGACAAACUCCAACUGAGGCGGAGGGGAGCUUUAUGAAGACGGCGAUGGAUAAGGUGCAGAGCAGCUACCUGCGUUCACUGCAGGAGAUGGGAGAACUCUUGAAGAAGAGAGCGGACUCUUUCAAAUCCCUCAAAAUCUGAGAGCUCCGUCGACCAAUCCGGUUCCUGACCUGCACGGCUCCACGCGGCUGCGAAUCCCCAAAGACCUGUCCCUCACUCUACAAACAUGAAGUCUGUGAAGUCGAGCCCUGUCGGGCUGGGUCUCUCUCUCUCUGUCGUCCUCCAUCUCCUCUUGUUAUUUAUCCGUCUCAUCACUCUCGUACAGAUAGAGGCACACUGUUAAAUCAACAAAGGCUUCUGCACAAACAUCGACGGUGCUCCGUGCGGCACUUUUAAGUGGAAAGAAACGUCAUAUUCCUAGAAACUACAUAGGCGAUUAAGCAAUUUUAGACAUACUGCUAUAAAUUAUUGUACAUAGUGUGAAGAUAUAUCAGCAAGGCCUCCUUGACGAAUUAAAGAGAACUGCUAUGUCCUCUGUCAAUGUCUUUUACCUUUUUGUCUAGCUAUUACCCACCAGUCAUGUGAAACCCCUUCUGGUAAACGUUAAGAAUCGACCCCCGAUUCGCCCAAAUGCAUCCUGUUCUGGUGCCACCGCGUAUGGUAGCCAACUCACUUCACGACUUCUAGAACGACACGCACUACAAUGUGUUGAGUAGCUGUUAACGGCGCACAAGUCAGCCGAGAGCAACGUUUCAGUCUGAGGGGAUUAGAAAUGUUGUGUAUAUUUUGGGUAUAAUACACAAUGGUGAUCAAGUGACCAACCUGUGUGUGGUUUCGUUCCAGGCACGAGAGUCCGUUGAGGAGAAAAGUCUGAUUUAUGUUUUGUUUCCUACUACGACAUGAGCUAAUGUCGGGUGCUUACAUUUCAAUUUCUGUAUAGUACAAAUGACUUGAGCCACAAGCAUUCAAAAUGUAGCUUCUCAUACGAUGUGUUUUUUACAGACCGAUGGAAUCAUCAUCUUUUGGAAACGAAUAAUUCACCAUAACGUGCUACAUUAGUCACCGUUGUCAAGGGAAGUCGAGUCGUAGUUAAAAGUUAAUGUGAUAAAAUUCGAUUAAAGCCAUUUAAAGGGAUGGUCCACGCAAAAUAAAUACUUUUUAGCAUUUAUUCACUCACGUCGUUUGAAACCUGUAUGACUUUUUCUGCAGACCACAAAAGAAGAUAUUUUGAAGCAUGUUGGUAACCACACAACAUUGACCCUCAUUGACUUCUACACCAAACCACAGAGACAUUUUUCAAAACAUCUUCUUUGUGUGCCACAUAUACAGGUUUUGAACCACACGAGAGUGAAUAAAUGACAGAAUUUUUAUGUUCGGGGAUAAUUUGACCCGUUCAUUCAAUCACGUUUGAAGUUCAUUUUUUUGCCUCAACAGAUGUUUUGUCAUUGGUCGGAUGAGUUGUUAAAUGGUCGAAUUGCACUGACACGCUUGAAUUUAAGUUGUUUUAUUAUUGAUGCAUACCAAAAAGUUCGCCUUGUGUUAGCGUCGCGAUGAUGCUUGAUAGAGAACUAAGCUAGGUUUUUAUAAGGCUAAUGUGUUGAUGUCUACCGAGAAGUGCAACUGUUUACAACGUUUUCGAACGCCAUUCUGAAUCAUGUUUAUAAAGUGAUAGUGUGUUAUAUGGUGUGCUGAAGUCUGCCAGCUCUCACUGCUUUAUAUCUGCUUUUGGGAGGAGAGGGGGCUCUGGAUUUAAUGCUUUUCUUUGUCAAACCUUUUGUUUUAAUUCAAGAAGGGGAUACAGUACAAGAUUGUGCAAUGAACAUUUCAGGACUGAAGGGCUCAUUUUAUGUCGCAGAUGUUACGAACUAUGAUGACUGCGAUGUCUUGACUGAGGAGAUCAUUCAGAGAUGUCCAAGUGGUUGGAAUUAUGUCAGCUGUUCAUUUCUUUUGUUAGGGAAAUCGGAAAAAAACACUGGAAUGUGAAAAGGGUUUUUUAAAUAAAAUGUAAAUGUUCCACA